CCUAGUUUGUUUCCUACUCCACCUCCAAGUUACCGUGUUACAUCUUGGGAGUUGUAGUCCAUGGCCGCCUGUACUCCAAUUCCCAGAGGGCUUCGGGGCCAGAACCCGGAAGGGGAGGCUGGAGAGGAGCGAGUGGGGGAAACCCGCGUAGUCGAGAGAGCUGCAGCGCGGGGAGAUGCCUCUCCAGUUCUGAGAUUACAGGCAUACAUUACCAUGUCCUGUUGGAGGGUUAUUUUCAUGUUGAGAUGUCUGGAAGAGAUGGGCCAAAGAUGGAGACUAGGUGUCUGCUACUCAUUGGUGGCCUGGAGAACUCCCCACUUCCAUCCUGGCCCUGAGACUGAGUGACCACCCACUGCUACUUGUCAUCACUGCCCAGCAUGGACAGAGGCAGCCUCCUGCCCUUCCAACUCUGGUGCCCCCGGCCCUUCAGCAAAUAUUCCCAGAACCAGCCGCGCCCACCUUCCGCAGCCCUCAAGCCACCAGUCUGCCCUGACACAAGCAGCGGGACUGAGCCCGACCACAGGCCUGCGCACUUGGAGAAUGCACCACCUGCCUUGGCUGCAGAGGCCCCCACCUCCCAGCAUGCUCCACUCCUCUCUACAGCAGCUUCAGGCGAUGAGGGUCGAGUCUUGCUGGACACGUGGUACGUUAUCAAGCCUGGAAAUACAAAGGAGAAGGUGGCCUUCUUUGUGGCCCACCAGUGUGGUGGAGGUAGCCGGGCUAGCUCUAUGAAGAUCAAAGGGCACUGGGGCAGUGACAGCUCCAAAGCUAAGAGGAGGAGGCGCUGCCUUGAGCCCACCAAGGCUCCUCCAGACCAAGGGGGCAGAGAAGGAAGCCCUGCCACCGAGGUGGCCCCCACUUCAUCCGGGGAUGAUGUAGACCUGCUCUCUGUAGCAGAAAUGGUGGCCCUGGUUGAACAGAGAGCUGCCCUGGCCCUGCAGAGUUACCCACGCCCCAGUGCCCCAGCUCCUGUGGUCUUUGUGUCAGCUGAGCAGGGGGGACCAGCCAAGGGGCUAGGGUCGGAAAGGCGUUCUGGUGGUGGUGACUGCAGCAGAGUUGCUGAGGCAGUGGCCCACUUUGAGGCCCAACGGGACAGCCCUCCAACCAAGGGUCUCCGCAAGGAGGAGCGGCCAGGCCCUGGGCCCGGCGAGGUUCGUAUAGCUUUCCGCAUUUCCAAUGUCCGAGAGCCCCAUUCGCCAGAUGGCAACUUACCCAAUGGGGGUGGAGGUCGGCCUGGUUGUGCCUACCCUGGUAGUCCCGGGCCUGGGACUCGAGCCAAAGACAAAAUCACCUGCGACUUGUACCAGCUUAUCAGCCCCUCCAGGGACGCCCUUCCCAGCAACGUGGAGUUCCUACUGGCCAGGGCCGAUGAAGCCAGUGAGGGUGAGACACCAGCCCCCACCAGGCCUGAGGACACCCCACCAGCACCGCCUCCACCCCCUGCCCGGGACUGUAGUGCAUCAGGAUUCCAUGUCGAUGUGGUGGUAACAGGUGUAGUGGAUGCAUGCAUCUUCUUUGGCAAAGAUGGCACCAAGAACGUGAAGGAAGAGACUGUGUGCCUGACUGUGAGCCCCGAGGAGCCACCCCCACCUGGCCAGCUCUUCUUCCUGCAGUCCCGCGGUCCAGAAGGGCCUCCUGAACCACCCCCAGCUGAUGCACCAAGCACAGUGCCAGGCCCCGAUGACUCUGAGGGCACAACGGACACCUCCCUGUGCCGGCUGUACCGGCAUGUGUCACACGACUUCCUGGAGAUUCGCUUCAAAAUCCAGCGUCUUCUGGAGCCACGGCAGUACAUGCUGCAGCUGCCUGAGCAUGUGCUUGUCAAGAUCUUCAGCUUCCUGCCCACACGGGCCCUGGCAGCCCUCAAGUGCACCUGCCACCACUUCAAGGGUAUCAUCGAGGCUUUUGGUGUACGGGCCACGGACUCUCGCUGGAGCCGGGACCCACUCUACCGAGAUGACCCUUGUAAGCAGUGCCGCAAGAGAUACGAGAAAGGUGAUGUGUCACUCUGCCGCUGGCACCCCAAACCCUACCACCAUGACCUGCCUUAUGGACGUUCCUACUGGAUGUGCUGCCGCAGAGCAGAUCGAGAGACACCAGGCUGUCGCCUAGGCUUGCACGACAACAACUGGGUACUGCCCUGCAAUGGAGUAGGUGGAGGCCGUGCUGGCCGGGAAGAGGGGAGGUGAAGGCUGGCGAUGAGGGAACACCUGCGAUACCUAGCCCCUCCCCACUUUGCUGGGAGCUGGGGACCAGGACGGAGUCACCAGCCAACACCUACCAGUCCAUGCAGCAUUGAUCUCCCACCAGAACUGGGGCCAGGUUUGGGGGUCAACAGGGUAAAUACCUUGCUUUGACCUCUGCUGGUUUUCUGUUCUUCAGAGCCAGGGCCACUCCACUGACUGAACUGUCCCCACAGCCUCUCAUUUUUAUAUACAUGAGAUAUGCUGGGGGUAGAUUAAAACAUAAACUUCUUCCCAGGCAGUGGUGACCCAUGACUUUAAACCCAGCACUUGGAAGGUGGAGGCAGGCAGAUCUCUUGAGUUCAUAUCAUUUUUUGCCAUUUUUUUUUUUUAAAUCAGCAUCUCAAUUUCACCUCCAUCCAUCCCUGACCGCAUCCUCAAGUCUCUCCACCCCAGGGACCCACCAGCAGGGGGCAGAUGGCAGCUAAUUUUGGUACCACCUGAGGCUUUCCUCAAGCUGGCCCUCUCCAUUCUGUGCCUCCCCCAGUUGUCUUUGGAGCUGUGUUUACCAAGGCGCUGCAUACUCUGAGGGUGGCUCAUCCAGGCCCUUAGCUCAAGUUGGCACUUUUUUGAGGCAGCCCACCAUUUCUAGAUGUUUUCCUCAUUAAAUAAAAAAAAUAAAAUAAAUGCUUUCUUCUGAACCUCAAA